AUGGAGAAGGUUCUGGCCGAUUUUCAUGGCUGUUGGAUGUGUGGGCUGAGCGUGAGGCUGGGGCUGCGAGCACCAGAGCUCAAAGGUAAGAACUUGGAAGCCGAUUGUUUUGUGGGAGUUUACCAGGAGAAAUGCAGGUGCUUGGAGAACGAUGGUGAGAAAAUGGGCCGAGAAAUCGAGAAGCCGAAGGGUGAAACUCUCAAGGCGAAUAAGAGUGUGGAUAGCUUAAAGUCGAUGAAAAUGGAGUCGGAUAAGGCGGCGGAGCUGUACAAAAGCCGGCUCGAAAAUCUUUCUCCGAGAAUCAGUAGAAUUGAAGAGGAUAUAGCCGAUAUGCUGACGGUGAAAGUGGGUGAUCUUGCCGGUUUAUCACACAACUUGGGCAGUUUUAUUGUCGAGGGUGAUGGGGGGAACUUGAAUUUUCUGGAUUGUUGGGGCAAAUGUGAUAUUUUCGGGAAUGGCAGCACGCCGGAGGAUGCCGAAGCUGUUGUUUUGUCGCGUGGGUCCACUCGGCUUCGAAUUAUAGUGGAGUGUCGUCGAAAAAGAAAGCAUUCAUUCAAUAGUUUGCAGUGCAAUGACCUGCUAGCUGUUUAUCUGUCGAGUUUAUCAUACUUGAAGAGUCUAGGGAUCUCUAUAAGGAUCACUUGCAUGGAUUUUUACUCGGGUUCGGCAAAGCUUUACCGUGCAUAUGGUGUAGUUGAGGAUGUUGAAGAUGAGUCAUUCGCGGUGAUGAUGGCGUCGGCGCCGACGCCUGGACAAUGGAGAAGCGAUGGCAAGUUGGUCAGGAGGAAUGCGACGAAUGCUCGCUGGUGGUGGGGCUGA